CUUGAGAAGACUAAUGAGACCAUAGGCUAACUGGUAAAAUGCACAUGAGCGGGUACUUCAGGGGUACUCUGGACAGAGCAAAAUGUACUUGGUGUUACAGUAACCUACUCUACAGGACCCCAAGGCUAUUUAAAGUUAUUAUUUGUAUAAUUCAUACCAUCUUAAAGUUUAAAUCACUUAUUGUUUUCAUCAUUUGGCUGCUUGGCUCAGGAUCAUUUUAAUACUGUGCUAUAGUUGCCCCCAACCCUUAGCAGCCAUGACAAAACCUAAUGUGCCUAGCAAGAGACAACAAUGGUGACAAGUCUAUCAUGUCAAUGCUUAGCCAACCGAUGGUGAUCAAAAUGAUGCUAGUUUGAAUUCUUGGACGUUAAUGCUCAGGAUAAAACAAGAAAAAUGCAGCCGGUGGAAGAACGACUUUCACCCCUAAAAAAAAAAAAAAACUUCUCAAGCAGAGAGAACCUAAAUGGAACAAUUUAAUAGGAUCUCUAUGACUAGUUCAACCAGAAGUUAUGCUGGAUGGACAAUGGACAGAGAUUGACAUUAUUGCGUCAGGCUGCUGAUAAUUUCAUUGUUUAUUGUUCACAAGAACUUCAGGCUUGGUAAUGUCCCUUUUUGCACAAAGCAACUGUUGUGUGAGGAAAUAUGUUCUGGGAAGACCAAUAUUAUGUGACUAGUUGUCCGUUCGUUUUUUACUCUGUUUAUUUAGAACCUAACAGUACAAAGUACAAAGCAAUAUUCUUUAUCAUCAACCAGCAGUUACGGUGCAUGACCAACAUGGUUAGAUAAACCUCUCAAUGGCUGUCAUCCUACUGUCAAACAAUUUAUCAUAGACGCUUGGCAUAUUACGAUUUUUUACUAACGAUUUACUGUUACACACCAAUUAACUUAAUCAAAGUGAUGUGAACAGUGCCUGUUUCGCGGUAAGAGGACAUUAAUAUGGCACCUGACUUCCCCAUUCAGGUGCCAAAAUGGUGAACUGCUGUGGAUUGGUAACUGUCAAGAAUGAACCAGUGCCUCUGAAGAGUAUUGCUGUGGAGGUGAGUGUGCAGGGGCAUGUGGCCACUGUGAGCUCCACUCUGCAGUAUGAGAACCAGGAGGAAAGCCCUCUGGAGGCCAUCUUUGUUUUCCCUCUGCCAGGAGAGGCUGCUGUCUGCAGGUUCAGCGCCAAGAUAGGACAGACUGAGGUGGUGGCUGAAGUUCAGGAGAAACAGAAGGCACAGGAGCAGUAUGAUGAUUCGUUGAGCUCGGGCCAGCAGGCCUUCCUAUUGGAGGAGAGUGAUGACAGCCCGGACGUCUUCAAGCUGAGUGUAGGUAGUCUGCCUCCAGGGGAGAAGGCCUCUGUCAGCCUGGACUAUGUGACAGAGCUGGCUGUACAGGCUGACGAAGGCCUGACGCUCUGCCUGCCCGCCGUGCUCAACCCCCGCUACCAACCCCAGGGGUCAGACAGUGGUAGUGAUGGCAGUGCCCAGGUGUCCUCAGUGCCCGCUGGUUCUGUGCCCUACAGUCUGUCCCUCAGUGCCUGCGUGUCGUCCCCUCAUCCCAUCUCUAGAGUAGAGUCCAACUGUCCCCUGGACCCACUCAACUACCUCAACACAGAGAAAACCCAAGCCACGGUCAGUCUGGCUGCAGGUCAUCAGUUUGACCGGGACGUUGAGCUGUUGUUGUAUUACCAAGACACCCAUCAGCCUACUGCUAUAGUAGAGGCAGCACAGGCUUCUGCCAAGCCAGGCUCUCUGAUGGGCGACCCAGUGGUCAUGUUGAGCCUGUACCCAGAGUUCCCCAACGAUGUGAUGUCAUCGAUGACCUCACACGCAGAGUUUCUGUUUGUGGUGGAUUGCUCUGGCAGCAUGGAACGCCCCAUUCACUAUGGACCUGGGGCUCAGGACCGUAUUAGCAGUGCCAGGGAUACGCUGCUGCUCUUGCUGAAAAGCCUGCCCAUGGGCUGCUACUUCAACAUCAUCGGCUUUGGGAACAUUUAUAAGUCCUUCUUUCCUAAGAGUGUGGAGUACAGCCAGAAGACUAUGGAUGAGGCUCUACAGAAGGUGAAGGGAAUGAGGGCUGACCUGGGAGGUACAAAGAUCCUCAAGCCUUUAAGACAUAUCUACAGCCAGCCCUGCCUCCCCGACCAGCCCAGACAGCUCUUCUUGUUCACUGACGGUGAGGUGUGGAACACCAAGGAAGUCCUGGAUCUGGUGAAGAGAAAUGCUGGCUCUCACAGGUGCUUCUCCUUUGGGAUCGGGGAGGGGGCCAGCUCUGCUCUCAUCUCUGGGGUGGCCAAGCAGGGCGGAGGGCACGCACAGUUUAUCACAGGACAGGACAAGAUGCAGCCCAAAGUGAUGCAGUCCCUCCGGUUUGCCCUGCAGCCGGCUGUGGUGGACAUCUCAGUCAAGUGGAAUGUCCCAAAGGGGGUGUCUGUCACCCCUCUGUCUCCAGCAAUCAGAGUGCUCUUCCAGGGUCAAAGGGCACUGCUGUAUGCCCAGCUCACUGGGGAGAGCUCAGGGGCCACAGAGGGCUCAGUGACAGUGAAGUACAGCCUGGCUGAGCAGCCUGUUGAGAACCAGCUGAGCUUCAGUCUCAAGCCUGCAGAGGACACUGGACUGACCGUCCACAGGCUGGGGUCUCGAACCCUGAUCCGCUCCCUGGAGAUGGAAGAGAGAGAGGGGGAUGGGGAGAAGGAGGGAGUGAAAGAGAAGGUGGUAGAGCUCAGCGUCCAAUCAGGAGUGAGCAGUGCUUUUACUGCCUUCAUUGCUGUCCACAAAGGAGAUAGAGAGGUUGUGCAAGGACCGAUGCUACACAGACAAGUCCCCACACCAAGUGUGUGUGUGUCUAUAAAACAUAGUAUGCUGGUGUGUGACAGCUCCAUAAAUAGGAAUUUGGAUGUGAUGACUUUGGAGGCUUUAGAAUUAUUAUUAUUAAACUGUGACCAAGACUCUUACAAAGAAUUUGACUGUCCAGCCCCAGCCUCUAAGCCUGUGAGGGACCCUCUCCUCCAGCUGAUCUCCCUCCAGAAGGCCUCUGGUUCCUGGGUCCUGGGGGCAGCAUUGGCUGAGGUGCUGGGGAAGACUGAGGAGGAGGUGGCCAAGCCAAAGCCUGCACCGGUUGACCAGGAGGUGUGGGCCACGGUUCUAGCCCUGGUAUGGCUCUAUGGGUUCAAGAUGGAGGCUCAGGAGGAGUGGCAGUUUCUGGCCAUGAAGGCAGUAUCAUGGAUCCAGGCUCAGAAAGCGGCCAGUGUGUCCGAGUGUGUCCAGGCUGGGUUGCCAGGUGCAGAAAGACACCCUGGGGCUCUGAGAGGUUCACGCUGCCUGUCCUCUCUCUCUCCCCCACAAUCCUGCUACUCUACCUGGGGUCAGAUAUACAUGCAAACCCUGCCUGCUCCUGGUCCACUCCAAGCAACAUGGUUGAGCUAGCUACUGUACCGGUCUAAACAAGCCUAAUUAUCAACCUCUUACCUAUAUUAGCCUACUGUCAUUUAAUUUAGGGGCACUUAUGUAUCUCAAUGUAUUAGUUGUUAUUAACAUAUCAACAUUAAUCUAUGUAUUACAUAUACAGCUAAAAUUGUUACAGACUUUGAUUUGGUUAUCAAUUCCAUAUAGACUACUGGAAACAAUGUGUUAACAGUACUUGUCAUCACUAACCAAAAUGUUCGGUAAAAUGGAAAGCUAGAUGAGUACCUAUCCCAGUGCCUUCACUGUGUGAUCAUGCAACACUGUCUAUAGUCAUGUCAUUCCUCAUAUUUUACCACUGUACUUUAAAAUGAUAUGAUAAAAUCAAUGAUAUUCUA